GAGAGAAAAAAAAAGCGUUUCCAGGUCAGCUCAGAAUAUGGAGAGAGGAGCAGAGAGACAAAGGGGAGGUGAAAGAAAAAUGGAGGAGGACAAAGGCUUGGCGGAAAGGCAGUGGGGGGAGGCAGAGCAGAUAGCUCUAGUGUCAGUGUGGGACGAGGUAGCGGCUCAGCACGUAGCAGAGGGCAGAGCCACAUUCGAGUUGAUUUCAGAGCGCCUGAGACGGCUCAGCGUGCUGCGCAGUUGGAGGGAGUGUCAGGCCAAAUGCAGGAGCCUGGGACUUAAGGACAGGAAGCCCGACGCUGCUGCAGGCACUUCGACAGACUACAACCAGGGAAUGGAUGCAAAGCCGGUGGAGGGCUGGGAGGAAGAUUUGGAAGGUGUGGGCACUGAAAGAGGAAUCUACGAUUCUUCAGUCACUAUCUCAAUGCAGGAAGAUGUCAAGACCCAACUCCAACCAAGUGUUCUUUACAACACCAAUGUGGCAGAAGAGGGCGGUCGCCAUUGGACGGAUGAUGAAAUUCGAGCGCUGCUGUGCGUCUGGGCUGACAAGAGCAUCCGUGGGCGCCUGAAGAGCACUCUGCGCAACAAGUCCAUCUUCCAAGAAAUGGCCCGCCAGAUGCAGAGAAACUUUGGGGUGGUGCGCAACUGGAAGCAAUGCCGUACCAAAUACAAGAACCUGAAGUACGACUACAAGACGGCCAAGAGUGCUCAAGCUGCAGGGGGCAGCGUUGCAGGGAACCCAGGGAAAUACAUGAAGUUUUUCGAUGAGGUGGAGGCCAUAUUGCUGGACCAGGAACUGGAAAAUGGUGCCAUGGAAAUGCAGAAGAGGUUGUAUAAUGGAGAGGCUGUGAAGCUGCCAGCUUUCAUGAGCCACGUGGGGCCACUGACGGCCUCAGAGGGCGAGGUUGUCAUAGAAAUUGACGAUGAUGAAUACAGUGACGAAAAUGAGGUCGAUGGAGACACUGAAGCAAAGUGGAGAAGCACAGAUGCCAAUCUGAUGCACACAGACUCAUCCGGCUCCGACCAGUUCCACGUCGUCACAGUGUCAGACACGGGUCGAAACUGGAGUGACCAAGAGGUCCAAGCUUUUAUUCAAGUCUGGUCUGACGAGCGCGUGUGCAGGCAACUGGAAAGCUCCACCAGAAAAAAGGACAUCUUCGUCCAGAUUUCCAACAGGUUGAUGCAGCAAGGCAUCGAGCGCGACUGGAAACAGUGUCACACCAAGUACAAAAACCUCAAGUACCUGUACCGCUCGCUGCAAAGGGGAAAGACUGAUGAAGCUGACCCGAGACGCAUCAUGAAGUUCUACGACGAAGUGGACGCCAUCAUGAAUCACAUAGUUAACGGCUCACCGGAUGAGACAGGAGCCGCUGACUCCAGCAGGCUCGUGGAGGUGGAUGGCUGCGAGGAGAAAGGGGACCCUGUUGCCAUCUUUCUGACAAAUGCAGAGACAGUAAUGGUGGGAACGCCAGAGUACAGAACCAAAACCAUUUCAAUUCUCAAUCACAACGUCACAACACAGACUGAAGCGACGAGGAUCCAAAAAGCCAAGGGCCAUCACUUGGAUCAACACCACAAACUAAUGAGCACUGCUGAGACUAAGGAUGGAAAAGACAACCACAACUCAGCAAACAGAGGAAUGAAGAGGAAAGCUCCAGAUCAAGACCCUGUUCUUCACACAUCACCCAAAAGGAAAAACACGGGCCAUGACCUUGGCCAAAAACCUGCGACACAGUGCAAAGAAGAGCAGGAUCACAUUCCAAUAAUAAAGAUCAACUCAGUCUGCUCAAUGGCCUCGACUGAUUCAUCCCGGGAGAGACAGGACCCUCCACCACUGAAGACCCCAACCAUGGCCUUUACCACAGCCUUGCAGUCGGAUUAUGUAGUUGGCAAAAAAGUCAGGGAGGGCAAGACCAAGGAGCUCUUCGAGCUGAAGAACGAACCAGGCUUGAUUCUGGUCCAGUCCAAGAACCAGAUCACCGCCGGGAAUGCCGCAAGGAAAGACCAGAUGGAGGGCAAAGCUGCCAUCGCCAAUAAUACGACGGUCAUCGUGUUCAGUCUGCUGCACGUGGCAGGAAUCAAGACUGCUUUUGUGAGGCAGCACGAGGACAUUUCAUUCUUCGCAAUCAACUGUGAGAUGAUUCCCAUUGAGUUUGUGUGUCGGAGGGUGGCAACCGGUUCCUUCCUCAAGAGGAAUCCAGGGGUCAAAGAAGGCUACCGUUUCAGCCCCCCGAAGGUUGAGCUGUUCCUCAAGGACGAUGAAAAUAAUGAUCCUCAGUGGUCGGAGGAGCAGGUGCUCGCGGCCAAGUUCAAGCCGGGUGGAGUCACUAUUGGCCAGUGUGAGCUAGACAUCAUGACCCACACCACUGUGGCCGUGUUUGAGAUCCUGGAAAAGGCCUGGGCCUCACAGAACUGCACCCUGGUUGAUUUGAAGAUUGAAUUUGGAGUGAGUGUGACAGGUGGGGACAUCUUGCUGGCGGACGUGAUUGACAAUGAUUCAUGGAGGCUGUGGCCGUCUGGAGAUCGGAGCCAGCAAAAGGACAAGCAGGUGUACCGAGACCUGGGAGAAGUUACGCCUGACGCACUACAAAUGGUGAAGGGAAACUUCGAAUGGGUCGCCGACAGGGUCGCGCUACUGCAGAAGAACGAGAUCAACGGCAGGGUGGUGGUCCUGAUGGGCUCCGUGACCGACAUGAGCCACUGUGAGAAGAUCAAGAGGGGCUGUGCCUUCUACGGGAUCCCCUGUUUCCUGAGGGUCACCUCGGCUCACAAGGGUCCAGACGAGACUCUACGCAUCAAAGCACAAUAUGAAGGCGAUGGCGUUCCCACCGUGUUUGUGGCCGUUGCCGGCAGAAGCAACGGCCUUGGUCCCAUGAUGUCUGGAAACACUGCGUGUCCCGUCAUCAACUGUCCUCCCCUCUCUCAAGACUGGGGAGCGCAGGACGUGUGGUCAUCCCUCCGUAUGCCAAGUGGUCUGGCUUGUUCCACAGUCCUCUCUCCUGAGGCUGCAGCCCAGUUUGCAGCUCAGAUCCUUGGGCUAACCAACCACCUGGUGUGGUGCAGACUGAGGGCCUCCAUGCUGAACACAUGGGUGUCACUCAAGCAGGCUGACCAAAGGCUGAAGGGCUGCACUCUCUGAAUUGACACUUCAAUGUUGCCGUUUAUCAUGUCAUUCCUCCAGACAUCUUGAGCCUACAUCAUUCCAAUAAAUGCAUGGA